AUGUCUGACGAACAGGAUGUCAGUAUAGCCAGUGAUCAGGACCAAGUCGACGAUCAGCUCAAUAACGAGGAUGAUGGGGGCCUUUUUGGAUCAGGAUCAGAAGACGAGCAAUCCGGUACCGAGAGUAUUAGUAAUAAACGUCGCAAACUCGAUGACGCCGAGCUAGAUUCUGGAGACGAUGAAGGCAGACUCGAUCGUGUUAAAGAUGGCGUCAAUGGACACGGCAAGGAACAGGAGAUGUACGAUCGCUUGGCAAAUAUCUUGGAUAUCUCCAUUGGCCGUCAUCCUGUUCCGCAACCUAGUGACGGCGAGCUCUAUCUGCUUCAAUUACCCAAUUUCAUUGGCAUCAGUCCAGAAGGCUUCACAUUGAAGAACUUCAAACCUCCGACCACCGAUCAUCACUCUUCCGAUCCGCCUUCGUCCACGUUCUCAGCGUAUCAGACAUCCAACAACACCAUACGCUGGAAACACUCACCUAGCGACCCAGAGAAGACCCAAUCUAAUGCACGAGUUCUCCGCUGGUCCGAUGGUUCAUUGACCCUUCAGCUCGCAUCAAACCCUCGCGAGCAAUUCGAACUCGCUGCAAAGCCCCUCACACAACCACAAAGCAAUCCAAUCAAGCCCACCCCAACAUCUGUGAACCGUAAUCGUAACCAGGGUCCGGUGCCCUACAACUCCCGUCUUGAUUCUCAUACCUAUCUCGCUGCCCCUCACGAAUUUGGCGAGAUUGUCCGCCUCACAAAUCACAUCACCGCGUCGCUAGCGGUCCAAUCUUCGGCGGAUCAAGACGACGAGGCGCUAGCGCGCCUUCAGCAAUCUUUAGCCGCUGCGCAGAAAGGCAACAAGAACACUUCGGAUGGCGGCUUGGCAGUUAUCAGCAUCAAUGAAGAUCCGGAACUUGCAAAGAAAAGGGCUGAAUUAGCUGAAAAGGAGAAGUCAAAAAUGCAGCGCCGCAUGCAGGUACAGCAAGACCGAGAAUCUACUCGGAACAGUAAUGUUCUCAAGCGCUCGGGCUUACGCACGGGUGGAAUGGGCGCUGGCCUUACCAUUGGCGGUUUGGAAGAUGACGACGGCAUGGCCACUACGAAAGGAAGGACCGGCAAGUCGAAGAGUCGGAAGUCAAGACGUCGCAAUAGCGAGUACAGCGAGGAUGAAGAGGACUUCCGAGGCAGAGGGCGCACAAGGGAGGACGAGUAUGACGAGGAAGAUGGGUUUUUGGUGGGAAGUGAUGUGGAGCCGGAAGUUGGCGAGGAGAGUGAGGAGAGUGAGGAGGAUAUUGACAUGGGCGAUGAUGGGGACGAGGAGGAUGGGGAGGAAAAGAAACCAAAGAAGAGAAACAGUGAAGAGGUCGCUGGGGGGAGGGUAAAGAGAAGAAGGGUAAUCGAGGAUGAGGAUGAGGACGAGGAAUAA